AUGGAGGCCCUAAGACUUACGGGUUCCGGCCUGUGGCUCUGCCCACUCCACUACUGGGAGAGACCAGUGCCGAGACUCGACUCCAGCCGCAGGGGGCGCUGUUCCGCUUCCCUGCAGCAGGAAGCGGAGCCUCGUAUCCCUUCUGCGAGUGAGCCACGGGGAAACGUCAUAUCCGGUCCUGCGCGCACUGCACCGGAGCCGGAACUGGUGGGUAAAUGGUGGCGGUUUCUUCAAGACCCCUUCUUGGAUAGAGAACUGGCUCUUCCCUACCUCCUGCGACGCUCUUUACAGGGGAUCACCGGGAAGUUCUACCGCUUGGUGACUUCGGACCGCAGCAUAAGCCUCAAACGCUACUUCAAUGUCCACUCUCACAUGCUCCGGAAGACCCUGUCUUCCCGGCUAUCCAAGGAACUGCGGCAGAAGUACAACGUCCCUUCCGUGCCCAUCUGCAAGGACGACGAGGUCCAGGUAGUUAUCACCAGGCUGGAACCAGACUAAGACAGGAAAAGAAUUCUUCAACACAAAGCCAAGUCUCAUCAAGUUGGAAAGAGAAAGGCCACUGUAGGGAUCUCAUGGAGGAUGCAGGAGUGAAAUGAGCUGUCGUGCACCCAGGGCUAACUGCAGAGGCCUUGUCUUGUGCCGGCUUCUUUGAAACUUUUCAAAGUGUGUCUGAUGUGUUUCAUUGUCCACCUGUUUUGCUACUGAACUGUCACUCUGUAAAUCUCCUUUUGCAGUUUUGAUAAUUUAUGAAUAAAAAUUGGAACUAUUUCCCAAAGUCAA